CUAAUAAUUACAUAUGUAAUUAUAACACACAGGUGAUAUUCGCGUGGAAUAAUGAGCUCUUGACCCUCCCCCUCCGAUUAAUGACUGUGAUCGGCGCAAAAAAGUGGGGAAGUAUUUUCGGAUUCGCGUUCGCGCUCGCGCAUGACAUAAUAUUUAAAGCGUCGCGGCGACGAUUUCGGUCGACGUGUCGAUCCAUCGUCAUCGACGAGCGACAUCCAAGGCAGGUCACGACAUUUCUAUACCACCCACAAUCGGCAGUCGCAGAUUAGGCUUCUUCGUCGUGCAACCUAGGAGAUUGCGCCUGUAUCGUAGUACCGGACACUGCUCUUGGAAAUUUUUCCCGGUGCUGCAUCAUGGUCAGCCGCAUCUCCACCAUCUCCCUGUCAGUAGAAAAAGAAAAUCGCAAUGCGUCCACAGAAGAAACUACAGAUUUUGAGAAAGCGAUGGAGAUAUGCGGAAAUGGAAAAUAUCAGUACACUUUACUAUUGGUUUGCGGCGUGAUGUUCGUCUGUGUCGGCUGUCAAUAUGGUGCAAACGCAUACAUUUUGCCGUCAGCCGAAUGUGAUCUGGACAUGGGAUCUGAGGAAAAAGGGCUCUUGAACGUCGCUUUUCUCCUAGGUUCGGUGAUCAGCGCUCUUUUCUGGGGAGUUUUGGCAGGCGCCUACGGGAGAAGAAAUAUCCUGUUGUUGACUCUCUUCUCCGAUAGUAUCUUGACGCUGAUUGCAACUUUCUCGCAAAGCUUCAAGAUAUUCUUAAUGUUUAGAAUCAUAAGCGGAUUCUUAAUGGGUGCACCUGGUUCUUUGUUAUAUGCGUACCUCGGUGAAUUUUAUGCAGAGAAAUACAGAGCGAAAAGCAUUUGCUUCCUGGGCUUUUUCUUCACUUUUGCUUGGUUGAUAUUACCUGGCUUGGCAUGGAUUAUUAUACCGUUACCAAUAUCCUUCGACUUCUACGGCAUUCGAUACAAUUCUUGGAGAAUGUUCCUUGGUGUUAUUAGCAUACCGAUUUUCAUUAUAGCAGCAAUAACUGCUCUAUAUCCUGAAAGUCCAAAGUUCCUGUUAUCGCAAGGUAAAACCGACGAAGCGCUCGUGAUUCUCCAAAAGAUUUAUGCGGUGAACACUGGACGUGAUAAAAGCGAAUUUCCAGUGAAGGAACUCCUUUCUGAAGUCGGGUUCAAAUCAAAAAAGGAUAAGACACCAAUUUCCUCAUCGGAUAUGUUAGCGGAAUUGCUGAAAAAUAUUUGGUGGCAAUUGCGUACCAUUGCCUCACCACCCUUCUUAAAGUACGCCAUUCUCUUGUGGACGAUUUAUUUUACGAACAUGUUUGGGUACUAUGGCUUUAGUCUCUGGCAGCCGGAAUUAUUCAAUCGUUUCGAGAGCUAUUAUCAAUCGCAUCCGAAUGUAUCAGUGACGGUCUGUGAGUUGAUAUACAAUACGCAGUCAAAAAAUGUUACUAUUAUGGAAGAACCGUUUGUCCUUUUGGCGAGCGAAGCCACAAAGGAAUGUAAGCCGCACAUAGAUGAGCGGGUAUUUAUUAAUUCUUUGACGAUCAACGCCGUUUGCUUACUCGGGAAUGUCAUUUCCGGACAUCUGGCAAAUCGAGUUGGUCGUCGAACAAUGCCCGUGACUACAAUGUUUAUAGCUGGAAUCGCUGGUCUCGGUAUGUACUUCGUCAAAUCCUCGCUGCAGAUUCUUAUAACAGCGUGCAUUUUUUCCUUGAUGGUGGCCACGGCAAACAUCGUGCUUUCCAGCGUGGCAGUCGACAUCUUCCCCACGCAUAUAUCCGCCGUUGCGUUAUGCAUGAUGGCCUGCUUGGGCAGAUGUGGCGCGGUAAUGAGUAAUCUAGCGUUCGGUAUGCUGCUGGAUCUCAGCUGCGAGAUUCCGAUAUUCCUACUGGCCGGUAUCACCAUAUUUGGCGGAAUGCUGAGCUUUCUGAUUCCGAGCAAAGAAAAAAAGUGAAAAUCAAAACUAGAAAAGAAAAGGAUAUAUUAAACUUGAAAAGUGUCAAAUAAAGUGUUCCAUUAUUUUUUAUGUGCUGUGAUGUUUGCGCACAAUUUGGAAUGCACAAUGAAAUACACGCUUAUUAAUUUGUAAAUAAUAAUUAUUAGCAUCGAUCAACAAGUUCUCGAUUUUAUCAAAGUUUAUAUUUCAAUUUUUUCAACUUGUAUCUUAUAUCAAUGUUCAGUGAAAUCAAAACAAUUAUACAUAUAAAGAGAUUUAUCUUUUUAAAUAUAUUAAAAUUAUUUUGAGAAUUAACGCAUUUGUUCAUAUCUAUUUGGAUAAAAAAUUUUAAAUGAUAAAUAAUAAAUCUUAAUUUUUAUCAAUCAUUAAUCAAUUCGUUAAUGAUUUUGAUUUUAUUGAACGAUGAUAUAUUUCAUAUCUAACGAGCAGUUGUCAAUCAAAUUGCGCAUUUCUUUGUAAAUAACCAUUCCAACAGAUAUUUAUAAAAUUAUAUCUUGUACAUCUGCGUGUGGAAUGUAUAUAGUAGUCUUGGAUGCGUGUUUCAAUUAGUGAUGAGAGAAAUGUGAAGAGCGAUCUGUCUCUUUGUUAUGAUAGUUGAAAUUAAAAAAAAAAGCGUUAAAUAAAAUAUUAAAUGUUACAAAUGAAAUGAUGGAGGAAAAGAGAAAGACAAAGAAAGAAACGGCAUUUUAAUUUGUCGGUGUCUAAUUACGUAAAAUAAAUGGCACAACAAUCCACAACAGGAAACAUUAUUUUUGUAUUAAAUUGUUGGUGAAAAAGGAAAAGAAGGA